AGCGGAUUGGUUCACCCCGUGCGUGUGUGAGAGCCAUCCCCGUGGGAAGUUGUGGCUCAGCUCACCUCUGUGUGACACUCCAGAGCUGUCCGUGAACCACCUCCACGUUUCCUCGUCUCCAGAACCUGGCGUGGUGAACAGAAACCGUUCAGAAAGGGGGGGAGGUUGAAAUCAUGUUCAGACUCCUCAGUCACCAAGGUAAGAGGACGCAGAGCUGCCUCGCAGGCCAGCGGCGCUAUGAGCACCACAGGGCCGUCAUGGCCAUCCGCCGCGAGGACAUCAACCCCUGGGAGAGGAGGGCGCCGCUGGCCCCCCGCCAUGUCAAAGAACUCACCAACACCGGCGUCAAAGUCCUGGUCCAACCGUCCAACCGCAGAGCCAUCCACGAGAAGUACUACGUGAGGGCGGGGGCCGUCAUCCAGGAGGACAUUUCGGAGGCGUCUCUGAUAAUCGGGGUGAAGAGGAUGCCGGAGGACAAGGUGAUUCCCAGGAAGACGUACGCUUUUUUCUCCCACACCAUCAAGGCUCAGGAGGCCAACAUGGGGCUUCUGGAUGACCUGCUGGCGAAGGAGGUCCGUCUGAUCGACUAUGAGAAGAUGGUGGACGCUAACGGAUUCAGGAUCGUAGCAUUCGGGCAGUGGGCCGGCGUCGCAGGCAUGAUCAACAUUUUGCAUGGAUUAGGGCUGCGCUUCCUGGCUCUCGGGCACCACACCCCCUUCAUGCACAUCGGCAUGGCUCACAACUACAGGAACGUCAGCCAGGCCAUUCAGGCAGUGAGGGAUUGUGGGUAUGAGAUCUCCAUGGGGCUCGUGCCGAAGUCCAUCGGCCCUGUGACCUUUUGUUUCACCGGUACCGGCAACGUCUCCAAGGGGGCCCAGGACAUCCUGAACGAGCUUCCUGUUGAGUAUGUCGAACCGCACGAGUUGAAGGACGUCUCUGAAACGGGAGACUUGACCAAAGUGUACGCCACCGUGCUGAGCCGACACCACCACCUGAUGAGGAAGAGCGACGGCAUAUACGACCCCAUGGAGUAUGAGAACCACCCGGAACUGUACACCUCGCACUUCAGGACCAGCGUGGCGCCCUACACAACCUGUCUGAUCAACGGCAUUUACUGGGACCCUCACACCCCACGACUCCUCAGACGUCUGGACGCCCAGAAGCUGAUGAGGCCGCCGAAGCACUCGCCUUCAUCCACCGAGGGAUCGCCAGUCCUGCCUCACAAACUGCUGGCCAUCUGCGACAUAUCUGCCGACACCGGAGGAUCAAUAGACUUCAUGAACGAGUGCACCACCAUCGAUAAGCCUUUCUGUAUGUACGACGCCAACCAGCACAUUGACCACGACAGCGUGGAGGGAAACGGGAUCCUCAUGUGCUCCAUUGACAACCUUCCUGCUCAGCUGCCCAUCGAAGCCACGGAGUACUUUGGAGACCGACUCUUCCCCUACAUCUGGGAGAUGCUGCCUUCAGACGCCACCAGACCGCUGGAUGAAGAGGACUUCAGCCCGCAAGUCAGAGACGCUGUCAUCACCUCAAACGGAGUCCUCACCCCGAAGUUUGAAUACAUUGAAAAGCUCAGAGAGAGAAGGGAGAAGGCUCAGAUUAUGAUGAAGACUGGGAUGAAGCGCGUCCUGCUGCUGGGUUCAGGGUACGUCUCCGGACCCGUGAUUGAGUAUCUGACGCGAGACGAGCGGACUCAGAUCACUGUGGCGUCAGUAAUGCUGAAACAGGCAGAGGAGCUGGCAGCCAAAUAUCCCAACACCAUCCCCAUCAUGCUGGACGUCCGCAGCCAGGAAGGACAUCUCGACUCUCUGGUCAAAGAUCACGACUUGGUCAUCAGCAUGCUGCCGUACACGUUUCAUCCACUCAUCGCCAAGCACUGCAUCAACAGGAAGGUAAACCUGGUGACAGCCAGCUACCUGAGUCCCGCCAUGAAGGAGCUGCAGAGCAGUGUGGAGGAGGCAGGCAUCACCAUCGUGAAUGAGAUGGGACUGGACCCGGGUAUCGACCACAUGCUGGCCAUGGAGUGUAUCGACCAGGCCAAAGCUGACGGCUGCACUGUGGAGUCCUACAACUCGUUCUGCGGAGGACUUCCUGCUCCUGAAUGCUCAGACAAUCCUCUCCGAUACAAGUUCAGCUGGAGUCCAUAUGGCGUCCUCCUCAACACCAUCAGCCCCGCCAUCUUCCUCAGGGACAGCCAGGUGGUGAGCAUCCCGGCUGGUGGCUCUCUAAUGGACUCCACCGCGCCGAUGGAUUUCCUCCCUGGUUUCAACCUGGAGGGAUUUCCAAACCGCGACAGCACCAAGUACGCCGAGUCUUACGGCAUCCAGACAGCACACACACUGAUCAGAGGAACACUGCGCUUCAAGGGCUUCUCGAAGGCCAUGAGCAGCUUCAUCAAACUGGGUCUGAUCAACAGCGAGGCCUGUCCCAUCCUGCACCACACUUCCUCCUCUGUUUCCUGGAAAGACCUCCUCUGCAGGCAGAUGGGACUGUCCUCUUCUGUCUCCCAGGAAGCCUUUGAAGAGGCCGUAUAUGAACGCGUCGGAAAGGACAACUCCAGCAUGGACAACCUGAGAUGGUUUGGAAUGCUGAGUGACGAGUCGGUGCCUCACGCCGACAGCGUGUUGGCUGCUCUGGCGAAGCAUCUGGAAGCCAAACUCUCCUUUGAUAAGGGCGAGCGAGACAUGGUCAUCAUGAGGACCGACGUGGGGCUUCGCCAUCCAACUGGCGAGCUGGAGACCAAACACAUUAGCCUGGUGGUGUACGGUGACUCCAACGGCUUCUCCGCCAUGGCCAAGACUGUAGGAUACCCAGCAGCCAUUGCUGCUCGAAUGGUGCUUAAUGGUGAAAUCAGUACAAAGGGACUGGUGGUUCCGAUGACGAAAAACGUCUACGGGCCGGCGCUGGCCCGACUGAAGGAGGAGGGACUUUGCUUCAUAUCCAAGAGCACCCUGCAGGAGUAGAGCUGAGAAAUGUGUGAAAUCAGCCUGCUGUCCGCCGCCUUUUUACCAACUUUAUCCUCUUUUGACAGGCUCAGACUCACCUGCUGAGUUUUAGUCAUGUUUAUUGUUCCCCAAAUAUGUGAGAGGUGUAAAAUGUUUAAGGGAAAAAAAGUUUUGAAUCAAGAAAAAGUCAAAAAGGUCGAAUGUUUUGUCUCCAAAAGUAGUAUUUAGUUUUUUGGAAAUUGACUUUUUGUCAAUGCUUUAAAACGCUGUUUGUAAGUUUAGAUCAUAAAGCUUAAUAUUAACCCAAGUUUGCUCACCUGUACCAAACUGGAAAUGUGUCACUGGUAUCACCUGUUUCGGAGAAAAGUUCUUCUGUGAAGAUUUGGAAGGAUCCAACCAUUCAAACCAUUCAUUGAAAGGACAAAAAACAUGUCAUCAAUCAGAUGAAACUCCUGACUGAGCAGUCGAAAGUCUGUGAUGUUUUUAGCACUUGUUUUGUCAAUUGGUUAGCCAAUUGACAAAACCAAACGUACUGUCUUUUCUCCCAUCGUCUCAAGUAGCAUAAUUAAAAACCCAACAGAUCGAGUUCAGAACCUUCAGACUGUUACAUCGAGAAAGACCUGAGGACAAGCCCACCUAAGUACUUAUUCAAACUCGUUCAGAGUGAACACUAACACAGAAGUGAUGUUUUUGUGAGCACAGCACAAUAUGUAUUCAAUUUAGUCACAAUAGUUUUCAUACAUUUCAUUUGUAAUGCGCUUAACAACUCUUUCUUUUUUUUUUAGAUUUUUAAUUUUCUAGCUUGUCCAUCACAUUAUCCAGAAAUUCUGAUUUAUUUAAACUGUACCAAUAUUAAUAAUCAUUUUAGAGCCCAUGUAGAACCCCAUGUGUUACAGUAAGAAUGUUUUAUCUUUGGACUGUUAACCCGUAAACUCCUGAUCUUCAUCCGGUAACUGAACACGUGAUCAUCAGCAGCAGCUCCUGACUUACGCUGAGCUGAGAUGUAGAAAUCUUCAUUUGAGAUUUGUAAAGUGUGAAAACUGUUUGUGGAAUGAGUUGGCUCUUUGUUUUCUGCCACCUGAGCAAUAUUUAUUUUAUUUUUGGGAACAUUGUGAUUGCCUUCUCAACGGUUUUUCAUGUUUUAAAUGUAUAAAAAAAUAAAUAAAUAAAUAUGAAGCUCAGAGAAUUAUUUUACAUAUUAAGAGAUAUUUUCAAAUUUUUAAAAUAAUAUAUCCUUAUAUAUAUCUGAUAUGUGGUAAAUGUGUUUCUUUUGAUAUUUUGGACAAUUUGUUGACUUGAAUUUUCAGGUUUCAAAAGAAGAAAAGAAGUCGGAUAAAAAGGUGAAACCUUAAACACAUCAGCACUGAGACAUCCGUCAAAUUAAAUUUUGAUAUCAUAGAAUAUUAAUCAGAAUAUUGGUUUGGUUUCCAUAUAUGCACACUGUUGUUGUUAUUUUGUUUUGUCUUUCAUGUUUGAGAUAAUAUUCAUGCCUUUCAUGAUAACUAAACUUGUUUUGAUAUUCCAUUUUAUCCUUUUUGAAAAUGUUAAAAGUUGUUAAAUAAAUUGAUUUGUCUUCUAGA